CAUAACAAUAGUUUUUCCGCUAUCAAUUUUUUAUUAAAGAAAUGUUUUUAAUUAUUAAAAAGUGGUGGCAGCUCUGCACUUCAUAUAUACAAUUUUCAUGCGAUAAUUCCUGCAAAGUUUAUUAAAACAUCAUUCCAAAAAAUUGCUGUACGUUGGAAAAUUAUGAGAAAAAUAUAAUAAAUAAAAAUACGAACAAGUAAUAAACAAAAAAUUCAAUAAAUUUGAUUAAAAGAGAAAUUAAUAUAUUUUUUAUGUCUGGAAGACGUAAGCGUGGUCGCCCACGCCGGGGCGAUGGACCAACGUUGGAUGAUAUUGACGUAAUGCUUGCUCGUGAGUUCCAACAACGACCGGCAUUUUAUGAUCGCAAUCAUCCACAAUAUAGAAAUAGGGAUUUCUUAGAGACAAUGUGGAUGGAUAUGGCGGAGAGUGUUGGUCAGAAUGUUGCUAUUGUAAAAAAUCGCAUGAUACAGCUAAGGAAUCGUUAUAACUUGGAAAAACGACGGGUGGAAAUGUUACAAGAUCAAUACAAUGAUCCUAGUAUUACAUCGCAAUGGCCAAUGUAUAAUUAUUUAAAAUAUUUAGGUGAUCAUAUCAAAGCACGACGGUCAUUUACUAAAGACAUUAUUGUUAGACCGAAAUCGGCGCCAUUUUCCAAUUCCAGCAUAAGACCUGUGCGCUUUGCCUAUUGCAGCGAUUCGGAUGGUUAUGAUGAGCCUAAUCCAUACCCGCCAAGUCCGCCUACCGUUGCUGUACCGGGGAGCCAGCUUGGUCGAUCUGAUUUGCCCAACAAUGUAGGUGAAUCUAACUGCAAUUCAAACUACACUGAUCUGCAGGCACCAGGCCCUGAGAAAGAAGAGGAUCUUAGUUUAAAUUACAAUGUAAAUUUUUGUAAGUUCAGAUCAUUUGGACAGUUUUUAGCUUCGUCUUUGAUGGAAAUGAAUCAAAGGGAUGCCUUGCAUUUGGUUGAGAAGUUUACCACAGAACUAGUAAAAUCAUUACUCACUGAAGCUAACAAUAAACCGGCGGAUUCCGUAUUGACGACUGUUAUAAAUGGACAUACUUGAAGUAAGAUCAAUUUUCCUUGCAGUUUAUGUUUAUUUAUGUAUUUUAAUUUACAUUAUUAUUUGUGUAUUCGCUAUAGAUUGAGAUAGCAUUGGUGGCUAGAAUUAAGAAACUUAAUGUAUAAUUGUUAAAACUGUCAAAAUUAAUCAAUUUAUAGAAACAUAAUAUAUGAAAUAAUAGGCGGCGGAUGGCAUCAACAAAACAUUCACCUAGAUUACACGGCAUUUUGUAUUUACUUACAUAUGUAUGUAUUUCAAAAGAGCAUUUCAUUUGUCUUCUUUAUUGCAAUGUAAUAAACCAGUUCGAUAUGUUUGUAUACAUAUAUGCAUGUACGUAGUUGCGUUUUUGUGCAAUUCGCCAAAGUACAAGGUACUGAUUUUAAUAAAUAUUCACGUAAACCAAA